CAGCCGGACAUGUAGCUUUUCGCGGAAGCGUCUCGUUGUUGUGGCGGGUAAGUUUGUCUCUGCUGUGACGGAGCUUUAGCGUUUUAACCCGGGUUAAAGCGACCGGUGCCGGCGGCUGUUAGUGUGAGAGUUGGACCGGAGAGCCCGGAGCCUGGACCGGGACAGCGGGACACCGGGACCGUCUGUAGUCAGUCUGUCGAGGUCAUGUUUCUCCAGAAUGAACGCCGUCUCCAAACGUCUCAGACUCAGCCAGUCCAGACCGCCACGCGCCACUCCGCUGCUCGCCUCCCAUGAUGCUUUGCUGCUGCCGCCUCCUGCAGGGGGCGGAGCUCUGGAGGAGGAGGAGUUCCUGCUAGUGGAAGAAGAUACCACAGACUCCAGCCUCAUCAUCACCAUGGAGGAGAGUCAGCAGGAGGUGAAAGCAGCGAGGAGGAGAGCGGUGAGGAAGAGGAAGAAGAAACUGACGGAGGAAGGAAGGGGCGGAGCCUCAGAGAGUGAGGAGGAGGGGGCGGGACCAGAGGUGGAGAUUGACAGGCAGCUCGACCAAUCACUGGAGACCAAGUCCAAACAGCACAACCUGACCACCGUGAACGUCCGAAACAUCAUCCACGAAGUAAUCACCAACGAACACGUCGUGGCCAUGAUGAAAGCUGCCAUCAACGAGACGGAGGCCGUCCCUGCGUUUGAGCCGAAAAUGACUCGAUCCAAGUUUAAAGAAGUCGUGGAGAAAGGAGUGGUGAUUCCAGCCUGGAACAUCUCUCCCAUCAAGAAGACGAGUGACGUCAACAAGGCUCCCCAGUUCGUGGACAUCCCUCUGGCUGAGGAAGACUCCUCUGAUGAAGAGUACCACCCUGAUGAGGAAGAGGAGGAUGAGACGGCUGAAGAUACCUUCCAGGAGAGUGACCUGGAGAGCACAGCUUCGUCUCCCAGAGGAAGUCGUCUGAACAGAGGGGAGGAGGACAGCAGCAGUCCCUGGCAGGUAACACACCUGGCAGAUAACACACCUGGCGGUCCUGCGGAGCCGCUCCAGGCGUCUCAGGAGGGUGGGGGCCGCUCCAUGGGACCCCCCUCCUCCCAAAGCUGCCCCCGAGUGGUCGCUGACAGCGCCUUCCUGGAGAAAUUGCAUGCUGUGGAGGAGGAGCUGGCUGUGUGCCUGGAGCCCUACCAGCCUCUGUCUGAGUCCCAGGAUGAAGUGGGUCUGAUGGCGUACCGGACUCGGUCCAAGCGUCCUCUACGGGACGUCCCGCUGGGCCGGCUGGAGGCGGAGCUCCGAGCUCCUGACAUCACACCUGAUAUGUACGACUCAAGCUCCGCCCACGAGGACAGGGACUGGACUGAUUGGCUGAGAGGCCUGAUGACCUCAGACAUGGAAAACGAAGAGGAGUGUGAUGAUGAAGAUGACCCCGAGUAUAACUUCCUGGCCGAAAUUGAUGAACCAGAUGUGGAGGAUUACCGUGACGACAAGGCUGUCCGCAUCACCAAAAAGGAGGUCAACGAGCUGAUGGAGGAGCUGUUUGAGACGUUAAAAGAAGAUCUAGCGGGACAGGAAGUGGACGAUGAAGGCCACGAGGAAGAGGAGGAGCCUCAGCCUGUUCAGACACACACACCUCAAGAGCAGCACCACACAGGGCCGGGCGAUGACGAGGCGGAGGACGAGCCAAUCACAGAGCUGCGUACGGUGAAGCAGCAGCUGGAGUUGCUCAGGAAGAGACGCCAGCUGGGCCUGCAGACACACACCCUGUGUAACACACACACCCUGUGUAACACACACACACUGUGUAACACACACACACACUGUCCUGAGCCGUACACGCUGAAGCUGGGGGGACAGCAGAGGACCAGGCUGCAGCAGCAGCUACAGCAGCAUGUCCAGCUACUGACUCAGAUCCACCUGCUGACUUCACCUGUCGUCAGACUGCAGAGUGAAGCAGAGACCAGCAGACAGUUCCUGUUUGAGUUGGACCUGUUGGUCUCCCACAGCCAGACAGACAGCUUUACAAUGUCUCUACGCCCCAGACAACAGACAGCUUAA